AAAACGGUUGCUCUGCUCUGCGAACGCGACUCUCCCAUCAAAAAGUUCUCUUUGAAGUGGGAAUCUGGGAUCGACGAGUCUCGUGUCAACCGCUUGGUUUACAAACUUCUGGAACGUGGAGUCUUGGAGCUACACUUGACAUCACGGUUCAGCCAAUGCAUAGAGACGGAGUUCUUCUUGAGCAAGACCCUGGUGAGCCUCGCACUCUCCAAUGGAUGUUAUCCCCAAGGAAGCCGUCCUCCUGGGGGUGUGUUUUUCCCAGCGCUCAAAACUCUCUCCCUCUCUUCGGUUGCCUUUGGAUCCUAUGAGAUGUAUGAAUGGCUCUUAAGUAGCCCCUCUCUUGAAGAGUUUAACAUACGCGAUGACGAUCCUCUUAGGCCAGCCGUAAGGAAUGUUGUGACCCUUCACUUGUCUGCUGAUUCUCUUGAGGUGUUUUAUUUCUGCUGUAGUUCUAUGCCCGAGUUCAACAACCUCGUUAACUUAUCUUUUGAGAGCCACAAGGAACGGGGUUGGCAAGUGUUGCCACUUCUGCUCAAGAAAUCUCCCAAACUAGAAACAUUAGUCAUCAAGGGUCUUGUGCACGAGAUCACUAAUGAAUGUGGGGACGCAUGCGUCUGCAUUCAUGAGAAGAUGAGCAUGAAGAUGAAGAGUAGUUGUUGUUUACUGUCGUGUCAAGUGAAGGUGCUGAAGAUAUAUGAGUAUGGAGGAAGCUGUAGAGAAGUGAAACAGAUGCGGCAUUUCAUGGAGAAUUUGAGGUGUCUUGAAGUGUUGAAACUUGGGGUUCAAGUGGAUGAGCAAGACAAGUACUUGCAGCUCACCAAUGAAGUAAUGAAGCUCCUCCCUCCAGCUUCUUCCAAGUGCAAGAUACAAUUCGCCUGAUUCUCUUCAUAAUUCUCUUUAUGCAGAACAAAGCUCUGAAUAAGCUAAAAAAAUCACAUUAGUUUAUAUUAUUUAAUCUUUUUUGUAAUUUAAGUUUUAUUGGCUUAAAUUGGAGAUGGUCUAAGGGCAGUAUAUAUAUAACAUUUGCAAAACUCUGUAUUGACCAACAAAAAAGUUCAGUAUUGUAAAACCACCCACAAACACUAUUACACAAAACCCUAAAUCCUCUCGGCAGCACGUCCACCAACAUCUGCAUUCCCAUCCAUAUCUCCAAGCCAUGCCUUGAGACUUGCUUCUUUACCCGCCUUAAACUCCUCGAACUUUGCUGUCUCCACCAUAUGUUCACCUUUCCUCAACACUUCUUCUUCUUCUCCUUCUUCUUCUACUAGCUCAUUGCUUUCCACAUUGGGGCUGGACUCUACCUUCUCUUCUUUGAAGUCAAGUUGUGGCCAUUUGAUGUUGCUCGCUCUCUCCUUAGCCGUCUUAAACACCGACGUGAAAUAGCUGCUGCUCUCGCUAUUAUCCUGGCUGCUGUAAUCAGAGCCACGUGCUGCGGUUGUGAUUGUCGUCAUACUGCUCCAAGGGCUGGUGGAGUUGAGGAUUAGCCCUCUCCUCGGUUGUUUCGAAGACAUUGUCGCUAAAGAUUUCUUGAUGUCUCCUAUCAUCUCAUCAGCAAUAGAGGAACCACAGUCUUUCAUUGAUCUCACCAUGGAUAUAGAAUCUUCCAAGUCUUCAGUAUGCAGAAGCGUUUCACGUGACUUUUCCAAAACGCUGCGGUUGAGGUUAAGGACGUUCGGUGCUGCGUUUCGGACGUGCUGCUGGAUGUAGUAAAGACCCACCGAAGGUUCGUUUGCAAUGUACUUUAUCAUCUCUGCUAAACUCUCGUUUAUCUCCGCAAAACCAUCAACGGUAGAGAACUCAUGCAUUCUGAAACCCUAGAUGACGACGGAGCAGAGAAAAAUGAGGGGAAUCGGUUGUAAUCGGCUUCUUGGAUGAUUAAUUUAUCUGUCAAUGAGGAAUUGGAAUCGUCGUGUGUCUCCUGAUGUGUUCCUCCUAUCAUCUGAUUCUGAUCAAAGGGAUAACAAAAAAAAAACAAAAUUUUUUGAGCUCACGGUAAAGUGCAGACAAAAUUUGGCACAAGGAAGA